AUGGCCAAAUUUGACGACACUGUCACUUUCCAUCGAUCACAAGAUUCAGGCCCACACCGGGCAAUUGUUUUCCUUCAUGGAGGUGCUUGGAUUGAUGCCACUAACACACCUCACGAUUUCGAUAAAUUGGCAGAACAUUUGGUUCGCUUGAAUCAGUCUGAACCGGAAUUCUCUCUGUAUGCCGUCGAGUACAGACUUUCACCGGAAGUUAAACACCCGGCUCAUCUACUUGAUGUGAUAGACAACCUUGCGCAACUCAUCCGAAAGGAACAAGUCGACGAGCUCAAUUUAUUUGGACACUCCGUGGGUGCGACACUUGUGUGGCAAUUGCUUACUUGUAGCCCUGCACUAAGCUCAGAUCUUGAAACGAUUCGAUCAAAGGUCAAUCGGUGCUAUUUAGCAGACGGGAUCUUUUCCCUUGUUGAUAUGCUCAAAGAGUAUCCUACUUACGACUACUUCGUGUCACAGGCUUUUACUAAGGUCAAAGACUACGAUGACCCUGAAGAUUUGACGCUGCAAAUUUCAUCAAAUAUCAAGCUUCACAUCUUGCACUCUUACGAGGACGAGCUGCUCUCGCUUCGGCAGAGCAACUAUCUAUGCAAGGUCCUUCAGGCUCAUCAGCAACCUUACCAAACUUACUAUGAUGUAUUAGGGAAACACAACGAUGUCUACGAAAGUUUGAAAGUGGCAGAGUACAUUAUGUACACUAUGAUGUAUUGA